CAAGCCCAACGCCAGAUGUAUUACCAUGGUGACCAGCAAUUGAAAACAAACAAAAACACAAUGCCGGUCCUCGAUCUUUUUUCCAUUCCCGUUGAGUUGAAAAUAAAAACGCGUUUAUUUACCAUCAGCACUUCAGUUGUUUAUUUAUUAAUGACAGUGGCGAUUGUUCUACCAGUAAUUAUUGCUUACAAUGCUGGAGGUUUUUGGUUGAAGAAUCGAAUGUACUUAGAGACACCCAGGAUUCGAUUUAUGUAUAAGUACCUCCUGUUAGCAGAGAGAGAUUCUGACGCAGCACCAGUGGUGUGCUCGACAUUCCCGACUUACCAGGGGGUUCCUGUUCAAGACGACUGCAUUACUGUCAAGGUGCGAGAGGCCGACGUCAAUAAAGACCUGAUACGAGAUGUUUUGAAAUUUGAAGCUAAAUUUUGGAGUGAGCAGGUAAUGAGGUCUGCGAAGCUCCUCCUGUGGUUUGAAUUUCAGCUGAAGGACAUAAUUCAGCAUAAAGCUGAGACUCUCGUGGCGUUCGACGUGAUGCUCCCCCAGGACUGUCAACAAUUGUCAAUAAUAGGAAAUUUAAAGCUCAAUCAGAAAGGAGUGCUUCGGAGAGAUAACUUUCCGGAAAUUCCGACCAACAAAACUGUGGAAUUAACCGAGUAUUCUCUCGACGAUGUUUUAUCCCACUACGCUAAAAAAACAUUUUCAGCAGAAUUGAUGAAUAUAAAAAUGAUGCGACAGACGGGUUUUGCCAACGAUAUGCCGAUCACGAUAUCGGCUGAGAUUUUUUACCGGGAACAACUGUUGUAUUAUCAGCCCUCCAUAUGGGAGGAACUCAAGUGGGCCUGGAUUCAAUAUUUAUCCAUGUUAUUUGUGACACUCUACUUCAUCAAACGUAUUUUAAGGAGUCUCUUCUUACGAGGUCGUCUGAGAAGCUAUAUAAUCACGCCCUGGAAGAAGGAAAUGUAGAGCACUCUCAGGAUCAAUAAUGAAAUAAUUUCCAUUUUGUUAGAUCUGUAAAUAAAUUUUUAAUAAACUUUACUUCGUCUCAAAAAAAAUUAUUUCCCUGCGACCGAUUUGUUGCUACUUUUUCGAG